GAUCUCUCGGCAUCCGUAAUGGGGAAACCGAAAUUGAAAAAGAAAGGCACUCCAUCAACUAGUCAGGUCUUUAAAUUUUCAGCGCUUCCGUUCAACACAGACAAAGGACAACAUAUACUGAAGAAUCCUGGUAUUGUUAAUGCAAUUAUUGAAAAGUCAGCUGUAAAACCCACCGACACAGUGCUUGAGAUUGGCCCAGGAACUGGAAAUUUAACCGUGAAAAUAUUGGAACAUGCCAAGAAGGUGGUGGCGUGUGAGAUUGACUCGCGUAUGAUUGCUGAACUGAAGAAACGGGUACUGGGAACACCAGCUCAGCACAAAUUAGAAAUACAGGCCGGCGAUGUGAUGAAAGCCGAUUGGCCAUUUUUUGAUGUUUGCAUCGCAAAUUUACCCUAUCAAAUCUCUUCGCCAUUCGUCUUCAAAUUGCUACUUCAUAGACCUUUACCCAGAUAUGCGGUGUUAAUGUUCCAAAAAGAAUUCGCCGACCGUCUGACCGCAAAACCAUGCGAUAAAGCCUAUUGUCGUCUUAGUGUUAAUGUUCAACUCCUUGCCAAGGUCGAGCAUUUGAUGCGAGUGAAACGAACGGAGUUCCGGCCUCCGCCAAAAGUGGAUUCAGCAGUUGUGCGUAUUGAACCACGUAAUCCACCUCCACCCAUCAAUUUUCAGGUGAUUUCUUAUUCUACAAAUUCUCGCAAUCUUAUAGUUAAUGGAAUUUAUUUAUUUAUUUAA